UCGGUCACCCGGGUAGUCAGACUGUGGUUUCCCGGGACCACACUGAACGCCGUCCGGUUACAACAUCAGAGAGCCUCACCAGCAGGUGGAGCUGUCCUGCAGAGCGACCAAAGUGUGAACAAGACGACGACAAUCAACAAUCGUCAGUCAGAAUCAGAAUGGACAAAGGUGGGAAAUUGAAACGAGCUAGGAAAGUACUGAAGAGGAUUUUUACAGGCAGAUCAUCGAGGGAAGAUGAUCGGGACACGGGAAGCAAGGGACCAAAGCAGGGUCAGAUUGAGAGCGAUGUCCCAAUGGAAUGCAAUCCGGCGUCAGAGGAGGAGGAGCAAAUUCAGCUCAGAGAGAGUGACGUCAGAGACACUGAUCCGGACCCUGGAACUGGCACAGGGGAGGCGACAGUCUGUCAGCCCAGAGACAGUGACGUCAGAGACACUGAUCCGGACCCUGGAACCGGCACAGGGGAGGCGACUGUCUGUCAGACUAGAGACAGUGACGUCAGAGACACCGAUCCGGACCCUGGAACCGGCACAGGGGAGGCGACUGUCUGUCAGACUAGAGACAGUGACGUCAGAGACACCGAUCCGGACCCUGGAACCGGCACAAGUGAGGUGACUGUCUGUCAGCCCAGAGACAGUGGCGUCAGAGACACCGAUCAGGACCCUGGAACCGGCACAAGUGAGGCGACUGUCUGUCAGCCCAGAGACAGUGGCGUCAGAGACACUGAUCAGGACCCUGGAACCGGCACAAGGGAGGCGACUAUCUGUCAGCCCAGAGACAGUGACGUCAGAGACACUGACCCGGACCCUGGUACCGGCACAAGUGAGGCGACUGUCUGUCAGACUAGAGACAGUGACGUCAGAGACACCGAUCCGGACCCUGGAACCGGCACAAGUGAGGUGACUGUCUGUCAGCCCAGAGACAGUGACGUCAGAGACACUGAUCAGGACACUGGAACCGGCACAAGUGAGGCGACUACCUGUCAGCCCAGAGACAGUGACGUCAGAGACACUGAGCAAGACCCUGGAGCCGGCACAAGUGAGGCGACUGCCUGUCAGCACAGAGACAGUGACGUCAGAGACACCGAUCAGGACCCUGGAACCGGCACAAGUGAGGUGACUGUCUGUCAGCCCAGACACAGUGACGUCAGAGACACUGAUCCGGACCCUGGAUCCGGCACAAGUGAGGUGACUGUCUGUCAGCUCGGAAGCUCAUUGAACACAGAACUGUCAAGUCCCCAAGAAGGAGCAGCGCCAGAGUUUACAAUCUCCGACCUCCUGGCACAGGGGGAGGAAUAUCGACUGUACCAACUGACAAAGUUCUACAGGGACAGACUCAAACAAGCAAUUGAAGAAAAGGUUGAGAGACUGGGUUGGAUGUUGACAAAGGAGGGACAUUUCAGUAGAGAAGAAAAUGAGAAAGUCACUGAGCUGACAGAGAAGGGAAACCGGGCAGAGAGUUCCAGACUCUUCCUCAGUCUGGUGAAUGGCAAAGGCUCCCGGGCCCGGAGGGCGAUGUGGGAAUACUUCCUGAUGUGGAGGACUGAGUUACCGAAGUUGGACAGAAUACUGAGGGAAAUACAGGAACUCGGUCCUGAUCCACAAGAAUACAUGAACAUCGGCCAAGGUUUAACUGAAUUACCCACUCAGCUGAUAGAUGUCCAACAGAAACACAAGGAGACUCUGCGGACACGAACUGAAACAUUGAGAGUGAACACGAUCCUGAUGACGGAGAAGGUGAAGGUUUUCCAGCUGGCUGAUCGAUACGCUGAGCUCACGGUCAUUUCUACUGUUCGAGAUCGGACACUGGUGGAACAUGAGCUGCUGGCAAGAGGCAGAGACCAUGAGGAUUAUAGAGAGAAACAACUCCGCAGACAGCUGGAAAAAAUCCAUACUGAUCAGUUAUUCCACAGCAGCUUUUCCCGGAGUAAAUCCAAAUCUGGGAGUUCAGCAGCAGUGGCCGGUGUCCCGGGGAUCGGGAAAACAACGAUGGUACAAAAGAUUGUUUAUGACUGGGCCAUGGGGAAAAUAUACCAACAGUUCCAGUUUGUCUUCAGUUUCAAAUUCCGAGAUUUAAACACCAUUAAUUGUAGAAUAAACCUGAGGGAACUGAUUCUGUAUCAGUAUCCUUACUUUGGGAAUUUCCUGAGAGAAGUCUGGAAGAACGCAGAGGGAUUACUGUUUAUUUUCGAUGGUUUAGAUGAAUUCAAACACAAAAUCGAUUUUGCAGACAGUCGGAGAGAUACAGAACCAAAGCACCAGUGCCCAGAUCCCGAGUGGAGGUGUGAAGUGUCUGACAUUGUGUACAGUUUAAUCCAGGGCAAGCUGCUCCCAGGGUGUUCAGUGCUGGUGACCACCCGCCCCACUGCGUUGCAUUUAUUGGAAAAGGCGGAUAUCAGUGUCUGGGCUGAAAUCCUGGGAUUUGUUGAUGAGGAACGGAAGGAAUAUUUCAUCAGACAUUUUGAAGAUCAGACGGUGGCGGAAGCUGUUUUCAAUUAUGUGAAGGAGAACGAGAUCCUGUACACCAUGAGCUACAACCCCUCCUACUGCUGGAUCCUCGCUCUGGCACUGGGUCCCUUCUUCACACAAAGAGUCAAGGACCCACAGCGAGUUCCCAAGACCAUCACCCAACUGUACUCCUACUAUAUUUACAACAUCCUGAAAAACCACGGCCGUGAGAUUGAGAGACCCCGUGAUGUGUUACUUAGGGUUGGUCAGAUGGCAUUCAGAGGAGUGUCCGAGAAGAAGAUUGUGUUUACAGAUGGAGAUUUGAUCAAGUACAAUCUUCAGCCUUCCCAGUUCCUGUCCGGGUUCCUGAUGGAGCUUUUGGAGAGAGAGGAUUCUGCCCAGAGCGUGGUGUACACAUUCCCACACCUCACCAUCCAAGAGUUUGUAGCUGCAGUGACACAAUUCCUGAUCCCAGAUGGCAGAGAUAUUAAGAAACUCCUCACUGAAACCCACAACACGACAGAUGGGCGAUUUGAGGUAUUUCUCCGUUUUGUUGCUGGUCUCUCCUGUCCAAUGACAGUUCGGGGCCUGGUGGAGAUUCUGGGUCCAUUUCCACAUGAAACAACCUGCCGGGUGAUUGACUGGGUGAAGGAGGAGGUUAAACGUCAGAUUGGAAACACAUGGAGUGAAGCUGGUCAAAGGAGCCUACUGAACACAUUGCACUACCUGUUUGAGUCUCAGAAUCGUGGACUGGCUAAGGAAACACUGGGAUCUGUGGAAACACUUUCAUUCAGUGGAGUGACAUUGACCCCGAUUGACUGCGUGGUCCUGUCUCAUGCCAUCGGACUCUGUGAUACAAUAAAACACCUCGACCUGCAGGACUGCCACAUUCAGUGGGAAGGAAUCCAGCGGCUGGGUCCCGGGCUGCACAAGUGCCAGGAGUUGAGACUGAACAAUAAUAAACUGGGGGAUUCAGGAGUGAAACUGGUGUCUGCGGCUCUGAGGAACCCGGAGUGUAAAAUACAGAGACUGUGGCUGGACAAUGUCGGUCUCACAGAUUCUGGUGCCGAGGAUCUCGUCUCCGCUCUCAGUACAAACCCAUCACUGACGGGGCUGAACCUGACAUCAAACUCUCUGACAGACCGAUCUGUCCCCGCUCUCCGCCGCCUCAUACUGACCCUCCGGAGUCUGAAGCUGAUCUGGUGA